AUGCAGAAAAUUGAAAAAAUUUUGGAUGAAUUGGACUCACGUGUCAAGGGUAUAGAGGAAAGCAAUUUUUACAAUAAUGACUUGGACAAGAAAAUGAGGAUAACUGCAAAUGCAUAUUUAGUUGUUUAUGUUUCCGUGGCUAUUACAGCUGAAUUAACCACAUUUAUGGGUAAAGACAAAGUCCUUCUAUAUCCCGGUUGGUUUCCUUUCGAUUGGAGCAGCUCUACUGUGAAGUAUUUAUUCGUACAUAUAUAUCAGUUUGGAGGUAUAUGUAUAGCAAUAGCUCAGAAUUUUGCCAAUGAGACUACACCUGCACUAUUGCUUUGCUUACUGUCAGGUCACAUCAAACUACUCAAAAUACGUAUCUCUAAGUGCUGUGGAGUUUGCGGAGAUUUGCAAGAAAAUGAAAGCGAAUUGAUGCUUUGUAUAAAGGAUCAAAUUAAACUUUAUAAACUUUGUGAUUUGAUUGAAGAGCUCAUAACCUUUCCGACAUUUGUACAAAUUAGUGUUUUUGCUGCCAACAUUUGUGUGGCUCUUGCCGCUUUAUUGUUUUAUCUGAACGAUUAUUUUGAUCGAGUAUAUUAUUUUGUAUAUGUUUUAGCAAUGACUGCUCAAAUUUUUCCGACUUGUUACUUUAGCAGUGAUUUUCAAGUGGUGUUCGAACAGUUGCCAUAUGCCGUUUUCUGUAGCAACUGGGUUGGCCAAAGCAAACUAUACAAGAAGCACAUGAUCUUAUUUGCUGAACGUUCUUUGAGGCAUCGAGUUCUUCUAGUAGGUGGAAUUUUGCCAUUAAAUUUGGAUACUUAUGUUGCUGCUUGCAAAGGAGCUUAUUCCUUAUUUGCCUUUUUUCUAAAUUUUAAAGGCUGA